AUGUUCAACGGGGGGCUGUGCGGAACGGACGGGCCCCUUGGGCUGGAGAUGGAAGAGACGUGCCGCACCACCUGCUACGACACCCAUGGGUGCUUGCCGCCAUGCGAGUCCGACCACACCAACCGCCGGCGCUCACAAUUCAGCUGCCAGAGGCUGUUCGACGAAGGCUUCUGCGGCGUGGACGGUGUUCUAGGGCAGGAGGCAGCAGAGACUUGCCGCACCACUUGCGCGGAUUAUGUUGGAUGCUAUCAGGCUCCCACUCAACAAUUUGCGGUUACUGCCGACUACACAGCGUAUGAAACUAUUCCGUCCGGCGCGACUUCGUCCGACCUCAUGUCUUCCAUUGUUUACAAGGAUGCUAAAGCGACGGGUUUGUCCGCUGCUCUGGGUGUUUCUCUUUCCAACAUUACGAUUACGGGGUUCACUGUAAAUGCCCGUCGGCUCUCCGCAGUUGUCCGCCAGCUUUCAGCCGCAGUUUCUGUGACGACCCACUUCACUGUUCAGGCCGAGGACGAAAGUGGUGCCGAAGACCUUUCCACCACGAUUGCUGCAGCUGCAGUCGCUAUCACGACCCAUACUGUCAUUGCUAUGACUGCUGCUGAUUGGAGUGGUGAAUCGGUGAUUACUUCUGCUCCUACGAUGACGGCUUCCAGCGUGGGCACCCCGACUGUGAUUGUGGUGUCCACGGAUGACGAUGCGAAUGAUGAUACAACUACGAUGGUUGAGCCUUUGGAAUCUGGCCAGGACGCAGUUGCCAGUAAUUCGCCGCAAGACUUCUCUUGGGAGCGUGGCGUCCUAUUGCCCUUGGGCGUGUUGCUCAUCUGCUGCUGUUGUGUCUGCAUAUUCGCCAGGAUGUGUAGGGCGAGCAGGACAAAGGGUCAGGGCGAGCCCCUCACCAGCAGCGGCGCGGACACGGCGAUUGAGCGGGAAGAGCAGGCAGAGCCAGUCGAGCCGACGUUGGCGUCAAAAUCGGGACCCUCCGAGGGUACCCCGGCAGGCGGCGCCGCCACCUCGAUUGAUGCGGUGGUUGUGAGUGUCCGUGAGGAGGAGGGCGUCGACGACCCCGACCCAGAAGUGGGGGCAGGGCAGCUCAAGAAGAAGAAGAAGAGGGUCAAGAAGACAUCGAGGGCUGUGUCUUUCAACCCUGAAGACCAGGCCAAGGUAAUCGACGACGCUGAUGGCGAAGAUGACGACGAAGAAGAAAAGCGCCCUGAGUGUCCACAGUGUAAUCAGUACAUGGUGUGGAGCGACUACGGCGGGCCCCCUUAUAACACAAAGUACGGAUGGGGGUGCAAGAACAGGAACACCUGCCACAAUUGGAAGGAGAAUUCCGGAAGCUACAGGUGGAAUUGCCGUCAGUGUUCGGAGGACUUGUGUGAGCAGUGCAGCGGCUUGAGAGCCCCAGCCCCAGCAAAGCGGGGAGUAAUCAGCAUGUGGCAGCCUAAGGACCAGACAAGGGCCGCCGAGGACCCCAAGGACCUCGAGGCCGACGACCGCCCGGGCGCCGACGCGCUGGCGCGCGGCCGGAGCGCCGGGAGCAUCCUGCACGGCGAGGGCGGCGGGGGGCAGGGGGAGCCGCAGGAGGCCGCGCCGGAGCGCCGCAGCUUCUUCGCCUCCAUCCUGUCACGCAGGCAGGAGCCAGAGGGCCCGGAGGAGCAGCAGGAGCAGCAGGAGGCCCCGGCGGAGCGCCGCACCUUCGCCUCCAUCUUCUCGCGCAGCGAGGCGCCCGAGGGCCAGGAGGAGCCGCAGGAGGACGCGGGGAAGCGCCGCACCUUCUUCGCGUCCAUAUUCACGAACAAGGAUCCGGGACCCGGAGAGCGCCCCCGCACAGCCCAGACCCAGCGUGCUGGGCGCCAUCCUGCAGGGCAGCAGGACCGCGGUGGAGACGCGGGCAGCCACUUUGUGCAGCCAGGAGUCCGGGCAUCACGAGCUUGCCGUCGGGGCCGUCGAGGGCAGCCAGGACCGAUGGGUGAGCCGGGCGAGAGCGAGCAGCAGCGGCGCCCCUCGAGUGAUUCGAGCGGGUCGGCGUCGUCCUCCAGCGCUUCCGCCCGCAAGGAGUAG